CUGACAAACAACUAUAGGUGUCCAUGAUGGACUUAGAAAACCAAUCCGUAAAAGUUGAGGUGAGUUGAUCAAAUUAUUUAUUUUUCUUACUUAAGUUAUGUAGGAGAGGAAAAACAAACAAAUUUGUUGCAAAUUUAAAGUUGACUUUGUUGAUCAUGUAUUAAUUAAAGAGCUCAUGCCGUGGCGCGUUAUAAAACUAAGAUCGCUUUUGACGAGAAGCAAAUGUUGCGAUUAUUUAGAAUUUUGAAUAAGCCUGUACCCACUAAUGUUUGUUUUAGGACGAAAGUAAAACGAUUACAGGCACUUGAAGUAGGCAGUACCAUGUCAGAGUUUCCAACACGGUGUAGUGCUGCAAUGGACGCUUCGUUGAAAUUUCUAUGCAAAAUGUGAUGUUCCUACAAAACGCAAAGACUGCAAGCUUUCGUUUUACUUUUCGAAGAAAUUCGCGGCUGGUUUUAAAUUGGAUUCUGCUGUAAGGCGAAUAUUUUGUAAAUGCAGCCUUACAACAAUAAUUUUCCUUAUGAGGUUGUUACUUUGAAACAGGCUAAAUAUUUCAGCUAUGUAAAUUCCUAAGAACAACUUGGAUUCUUACAAUAGCUUGUUUUGAGAGGUUUUUAAUUUGACCCUAACAUCCGGUUAUGAAUCGCUUGUUAUUGACACAAAAUUAUGCCACGACAUUGGGGUUAGUCCGUGUAAUCUAACUUGUGUAUUAAAUUGACGUAGUCGACCAUGUUCCCCUAAAAAGUAGAACUCGUCACGUUUUCAAAGUUUCUGAAAAACUUGUUUGUAUUCACACCUCCCGCUAACUUUGAAACUGAAAAACAAUGCGAAAUGAAUUCAUUAUUGAAAAUUGGCCGUAAUGAAAUUUUUGAUCCGUGACUAGACUUGUUUGAUUCGCUUGGAGACGAAAUUAUCACCUUAAUGCUUUUUACGGUUUCUAAGCGAAUAAAAUUCAAUAUAGUACCAAGGGCACAACGGAUAAACUAUUUUAAUACUUAAAAGCAUCCACAGCCCCCAUCCCCACCCCCACCCCCAAAUUCUACGAUUAUCUUCGAUACCGGCUCCCUCUCCCCUCAAAAACUAAACGUAAAUGUAAAAUUCUCUUUUACUGGUUAAACGUUUUCAGGGGGGUGUAGACAACGGAGCCAGACGAAAUGCUUUAAGAAAGGAGCUGAUUACAACAUUUUUUGAUGGCGUUACAACCCCGUAUGAAGGCUUCCUUCGAACUGUUCAAAACUCAGGUGAGCACUUCGUUACAAGAAAUAGAAUGAGAGAUUGCGAGGUGGAGAGAGCACUCGUCCCUCCUUCAUUGCACGCACCAAUUUCCGAGUCUAAUGUCUUUUUGGCUGAUUUUGUUGUUUGUUUGUUUGUUGUCUACUUCUUGCCACUUUAAUCCUUUAACCCUUAAAAGUGACCAGCAUCUAAUUUCUCCACAUAGUGUCACCUCUGAAUCUAACAUUAAGUUCUUGAGAAGAUAGGAAAUGAUCGCCAACUUAAGAAGCUUUGAUUGUUAAACGAAUUCUCCGUGUCAGUACCAAAGGAAAUUUAUAGAGACGAGUUUGGAGAAUGUGGAUUCUGAUGUAAGGGUGUAAAAGGUAGAGAGUUAGUUUUCCUCCUGGUUCCCGGGUUUUUCUCUCUCUUAAAAAAAAAACAAAAAAAAAACAAUCCGAGUUUCAACUCAAACUGGAAACAAUGGCUUUUCUGGUUUCGCAUCGUUCAGUCUGUCACAGGAAAAGACUGCAUUGCUUAAACCACAAAAAAUACAGUAUUAUAAAGGCUGCGGCGUUUAAUGCCGGAUAAAGUGAUAUGGGUUGGAGUUGUAAACGCAUUUGCAGUAAAUAAUUUUGCAGUCUUCAUUUUCGCGCGCUGUACACCCAAACGAUAAGCCCAGUGCCCCGCACUCCCAAAUAGUUCCCAUGCCCCUGCGCGUUUCCGUUGGAGAGAAUUUGUUUCCAGCUGAAUUUUUGUAAUUCUAACAUGCAAGUUCGUUUCGCACAGGCGAUCAGCCAUGUUUGGGAACAAGAGGGGGACCUGAUAACAAGUAUCAGUGGAUCACAUAUAAAGAGGUAAUGAGUUAACCCUUUAACUCCAAAGAUCUCAUUAGUAAUUCUCCUUACUGUCUGCCACACAGUUCUUGUGAUAUUAGUUUGGAGGAUUUGGGAUUGGAUCAACUUGUAAUCCCCUAAUUGAUAUUUGUCUUUAUUCUCGUUUCAUUUCUGCUUGAUAUUGUACGAAUAGAGUAAGGAGAAAUUCUGUUUUGGUCACUAGUGGGACUUAAAGGGUCGAGAACGGUUCUAGUGCAGGAAGCUUUAAAGUUGUAAACGCAUUUGCAGUAAAUAAUUUUGCAGUCUUCAUUUUCGCGGGCUGUACACCCAAACGAUAAGCCCAGUACCCUGCACUCCCAAAUAGUUCUCAUGCCCCUGCGCGUUUCCGUCGCGGAGAAUUUGUUUCCAGCCUCCCCUUCAUAUUGUCGUUGUUUUGCGUGUUCAGCCAGAUAUUAAAAUGGCAAUUUUGAAGAAAAUGUUUUGAACGGUUAGAUAGCUCUUUGCAAUCUCAAACCGAAGAAGAGGUAAAAAUAACCUGGUGUCUAGAAAAUACCUCUGCCGAGAGUAUUGUAAGAUGCGUGAACUGAGAUGUAACUCCUUUAGCAAUCAUGACAGUGAGCCAGAUUCAAACAAUUUGAACCUCUGAGCUCAAUAAGUACCUUGAACUUGCUUUGUGUUCUCAUCUAUGUGCGUGUUUUUUUUUACUGCUUUCGACAGGUAAACGACCGCGCCACUAACUUUGGUUCAGGCUUGGUACAUCUUGGUUGUGAACCUUCCCAAAAUACAUUUGUUGGAAUCUAUGCUCCUAAUUGUGUUGAGGUAAGCGUACGUGUGAUAGUUAUUUUAAUAGUGAUCGGGUGGGUUACUGGGGUUUGCAAAAACCCCACUUACAACGGACUCCCAAACUGCUUUCUCAAAAGUUCCUGCCAGUGGCGGAUCUAAAGGGAGGGGAGGGUUAGGCGGGCGGGGGGGGGUUGUGGGUUUUUACUACUUCUUUGACAAGCUCCAUGACAAGCUCCUGUAUUGUCAACUAGUUAGUCGGCUGGUUGGUCUGUCCAUGCGGGCUAUGGAUAAAACACGUUAUCAAUGGUCGUGUUAUCUCUGUUAGUCUAUCAGUUCAGAUCAGUCAAUCUGAUAAUCAGUCCGCCAGUCAGUCAGUCUGUCAGUAUGUCACUAUAUCAGUCUGUCAGUCAGACCAUCGGUCAAUCAGUCAGUCAGUCAGGUUAUGAGUCAGCCAGUCUGACAAUCGGUCAGUUAAUAAUAAAACUAAACUCAGUCAAUAGAUCUGUAUGAAUAAUCCAGGGUAAAAAUCCGUACCUGACAUCUUUUAAUAUUUUCAGUGGGACUUAGCAGACCUGGCUUGUCAGAUGUAUUCCAUGAUUUCUGUGCCAAUUUACGAUACACAUGGACCAGAAGGCUGCGUUUAUAUCCUUAACCAUGGUAAGAUUUCUAUCAAAUUAUUAAUGUUGGGACUGAGAGGGGGUGGAUCACACAUUUGUAACCACAGUUCUGAUCAGAGACGGAAAACAUAGGGCACUCUCUAAUUUUGAGGGAAACCCGGUUUUGUUUUCUUUAGGGAAUAAAAUGGAACUGCAUCUGCCACUUAAGCAAACUUAAUGCACCGUCUGCUUCGUCCCGCUGGCUCGAUGUCCCAAAAUGAAAUACGCAAUCUUGGUGUGCAAGUUUGUGGUCGCAAAUAAUAGAAUCAAGGUUUUAGCGGGUAAAAGUUUAAUUUGCGUAUAAUAGGUAUCCUUGUCCUACUUCAUUGUUUUAGGAUAAAACGUACUUGUUCCUUUUGCUUUUUCCAUACAAAUGAAGAACAUUCUUGAAUAUCAGCUGAAAGAUACUUUUAAUGUGUUAGGCUUGACGUAGCUAUGGCCAUGAGUUACCAAGACAGAAUUUCUCAUUACAAUAUCGAUACAACUUCUGGCACGCAAGUGAUAAGAAUAAAGAGGACUAUCAAUUUGGGGGUUAUUGGUUGAUCCAACUGACGCCACAUUCUCCGAAAUAACGUCACAAGAAUUGUAUGGCAGACAGUUUGGAGAAUUAGUAAUGAGACAUAGGGGGUUAAUUUUUUCCCACAUCAUCCGUUAAGUGCAACAGAAUGCAAAAAAAAUCAUUGGAAAAUUUGUACUCUAAUUGUUUAAUGAAGUGUCAUUCAACUAUUUCAGCGGAUAUAGAGACGAUUAUUUGCAACGGUAAUAAGUUGCGAUUCAUCUUCGACAAUGCCAAAGAAUGUGAGAAGGUAAAAAGGAUCGUUAAGAUGAACAAGCCUGUAACAGAGGAAGAGAAAAAAGAAGCCGAUUCCCUUGGAAUUUCUUUGUUAUAUAUCGUGGAAGUAGAGGUGAGAGACUAAUUACAAAGGGACAGGUCUUUAUUUAUCACGGGGGGAGGGGAAUUUGAGUUGAGUGAUAAUAAAAUUAGCAUGAUUUCCGCCCCUCUCCUCCCUCCACCUUCCCCUCUCCCCUCUACCCUCCCCACCCCUCCACCCACCCCCUAAAGCCGGCGACACACUCGGGAAGGAAAAUCGCUUGGUGUGCCCAGUGCAGCGAUUUCGAUUAACGCCGAUCGCGGUCACCGCGAUCAGCGAAUGAAAUCACCGAUGUCUGACAUGUCAGAUAUCGGUGAUUUUCGCCAGCGAUCAAAUUCACCGUUGUAAGCCCCGCUUUCUCCGAUCUUCUUUUUUUCCACAAACCCUGAAAACAGCGAAAUCCUCAAUUUGACUUCCACUCACUUUCUGAGUGCACUGUUACUUAAAUCCAUUCAUUUUAAGAUUUUGUAUUCGCUCGUAAGGCUAGGGUGGAAAAUAGUACUUCAUUAUCACUCCAAAACACUGACGCGCUUAGGCCCAGCGGUGAUCAGUCGGACAACGGCUGACAACUUGUGUGUCGUGGCUGUUUCAGAUGUUCUUCAAUCGAAAUUCUUUAAAAUCAUGUUUUCAUAUUUUUCCUUUUUCAGCAAAUGGGUUCUAACAAUCCUCAAGAGAGAAAGGUAAGAACUAAGGUAAAAGUUUAAUAAGCAAAACCACCAGAAUUUAAAUGAUAUUAGGCAAUUGUUUUUUUGCCCAUUUACUUGAUGUGUAAAUACGUCAUCAUAUUAAAUUUUUAUGCCAAAGAAAAGGCAUGGAUAUAGUAUGAAUAGAAGUGCUGACGUAGAAACUAGCAUAGUGUCGAGAAGUGCCUGGUUGGAUUGGAGGGUUACCCUUCAGUGUCGCAUGACAAGGAAGAGACGUGUAGAAUAAAUUUGUUCAGAAGAGACCGAUAUUAAAAAGCGUUCGAAUCGUCACAUCACCUAAUCUAGUGUACUCGAGUUGAUAGGUUCUUGCAAGCAUGUCUGGUGUUGUUGAAGCUUUUUCUAUAGCGCAAACACUUCCGCGACGAAAGAGCUUGUUCGAAAGUUGUUAUGUUUAUAUGAAGUUGCUCAAAUUCACCAACAAACAAUAGCAAAAACGAAUUGCGAUAUGGUGCUUUCACUCUUUCAGCCUGGGAGACCUGAGGACACCAUGACUGUCUGCUAUACAAGUGGAACAACGGGUAUGUGUGUGUUUUUCGUGACUUUAUGAGUACUUGCUUCUAUGUUUCGUAUUUCCACCGUUUUUGUCCCUUUUUCUUUUGUCCUUUGAUAAACAGGUACGCCGAAGGGUGCCAUGUUAAGUCAUGGAAAUAUAAAUGCUGGGGUCGCAGGAAUUCAAGUCCAAUAUGAGGUUUGUGUCAGCAAAAUUGAAGUUACCUUUCAUAAUAGAUUCAGCGUUAAAGAGAGGAGAAGAAGGGGGGAAGGGUGGGGAGGUGAGAGAGGGGGUGGGAGGGUGUAAAUACGUUCUUGGCUAGUUUCACAUGGUUCUCUUAGUUCUCAUUUCCGGUAACCUGAUUUCAACUCUUCCGUUAAAAAAGGCCGAAAACAUUACACUUUCCACGUUAUCUAAAAUACGAAGCAUGGCUCCAUUAAAGUUACCUUGUAUGCCCUCGAAGCGUACCAAAGGAUUCGAUCAGAUGUGAUAACCUAAUCAAACCAUCAUGUCUUGUCUUAACCUUUUUUCACUCUUUUUUACGGACUAUGAAAAAUUUUUUAUUUUUAUCUGGGUUUUCCACAAAGUUUCUGGGGCUUAAUUUUCCUGGGCCCAAUCGCCAAAGGGCGGAUAGUGCUAUCCAUCGAAUAAAUCGCUAUUCAACAGAUAAGUGUAAACAAAACGUACUGCGUUAUCCAAUGGAUAGAGAUUUAUCCACUGGAUAGCGUUAUCUACCCUUCAACAACCGGAGUCAGAAAAAUAUAUUUCACAGUCAACGUCUACAGCUCGAACCUUAAGGACAAAACUCUUUGAUUUUAUUUUUGAACAGGAAUCUGGUCUCCAGAUGAUAGAAGGAGACUGUAUGAUCUCCUAUCUUCCACUGGCUCACGUGUAUGAGCGACUGGCUCAGGUACGCUUGCGCAAACUAGGGCUAUCAAAAGUGCCUUUUUAUAUUACGUUUUAGUGACAAGCAAGCAAGGUGUCAAGAAAUAUGCUUUAAGGUUACACUGGGAACCAGUUGACUAUGGAGCACUGAUUUUUGACUUGCGAACACUACUGACGCUUAAAAUUUUCACAUCUCAAACUCUACAUAUGGCGUGCUUGACUAACGGAUCUUUCAUCGCUUAAUGAACGAGGCAGUGGAGCUCCAAAUGCAAGCAGUGGAGCUUCCAUACAAUGACUCCCUUGGCUCGUAAGUCAUUUUCAUCUGUUCAGCAGGAAAUAGGAGGUUUUUUCUCCCAAAAGUUGAGAUAAAGUUUUUGAAUGGAAUAAGAGUUGAGCUCCACGGAAUGCCCCUGCUAGUUUGUAUUAUUAGUCUCAAUCGUUUUGUCUGAUUGUAUAAUACAAGUUGAUUUUAUCCUGAUAGCUUGACAUCCUUUUUAAAUCAACAUCUUUAUCUCUUGCAGGCAAUGUGCUUUUUAAAUGGAGUGAAAAUUGGUUCCUUUAGGGGUGACGUAAAACUACUGCUGGAUGAUAUUCAAGAACUAAAGUAAGUUUGUGUUCUUUCAGUUUAUCUCUUACCAGUGAGAGGGACUUCAUUACCGCUAUCUGCCUAGUUCAUGCGCCGGAUGCCAUGCAGAAGGUCAAGAGAGUCAAGAGACUUGACCUCAAUAAAAAUGUUUCGGGAAUACUUUCCUGUAAAAAUUCACCAGUCCACACCUUGAAAGCUAGGCUUGGGAGUGAAAUUGGGUAUUCCGCCUUGAGCGGGCUUAAGAGCCACCAUCAGAUUAUGCGCCGAGCAAUUUGAAGUUCAAAACCCCCCUCCCCAGGCAACCCACGGGCAUUUGACCAUUGUAGGUGCCAUUGGGGAAUUUAAACCUUGCCUGGGUGGUGUGGGGAGUCUGGAACGAAAGUGUCUCGUCCUUUUAGUUCUAAUACGCAUUUACUUCAUUAACUCGGCCAUGCUUUGCACAGCAUUGUCAAUAUAGCCAUCAUUUAAUUUAGGUUUAAAACAAAAGACAUUUUCUUUUCAGGCCAACGAUUUUCCCCUCUGUACCAAGACUGCUCACUAGAGUUUAUGACAAGGUAACUAUACUAGAGCGUGUACGUUUUCUUUUGUGUACCUUCCUCGGCGGAUGUAUUUACUGGAAUGCGCGCAUUUCCUCUCAACUUUUUGUGCUAACAUACGCACCUUGGUUCUCGCAUGUUCGAGGUUGCAGGCGCUUGUUCUCUCUCGAAUAUCCGUACCCAUUCGCUCAUAUUUCCCGACAGAAUUCUGCGUGCGCACUUUCCCUCUUGAAUUUGUAAACACCAGCAGGCAGUUUGUUUCCACAUGUUUGUAUUUGCACGUGCACUUUCUCUUUUCUGAUUCUGGACGCGUACGUUUCUUUAGCUUCUUUAGUUCCUAUGCCCACGCAACCCGUGAGCCCGCAGUUCAAAAGCCCCAUCCCUGUAGGUUUUAUUCCCUUGCAAUGUGGUUAUUUCCAUCUGCAGAGUCUGUCUGUUCUCACGCGCGCAAAUUAGUCAUAGGAUUUAUUAGCAACCUGUAUGGCUGUAACUGUUGGACAAUAUGAAUUCGAGUGUAUACGACAGCCAAAUGAAUCUAUUUUCAAAUCGCCGUGAAAAACUGCAAUUUGUUUCUUGCGCUGAGUCGCAAACUUGACGCCAGCGGCGAAGAGACAUCUAUUUUUGUAUGGUAAAGAUUCCAUAAUUAUUUUUUUUACCUUAAAGGUGAUGGCACAAGUUUCCCAGAGCAAGCUCAAAGGCUGGCUUUUUAACAAAGCACUUGCAUCUAAAGAGGCCGGUUUAAAAAAGUUAGUAUUGCUUGAUGCAAGUACUUCGCAAUUUAUCGUCUUUACGAGAGAGCAAAUUCCGUCGCAGUCAACAGUAAAGCUUUUACUUAUUAGCAAAUAGAACGCAUGUACAGUUUGUUCCGUUGGUUAGAAUUAAAAAAAAAUUCUUUCGACAUUAUAAGACCGUGACAGCGAGAGCAAAAGUAGUUGGUACGCCUCCCCUUAGCAGGUAGUCGACUUCUCUCGUACCCGUACCAUCCACACCCAAGCGGUUGCAAGGUCCCUUCAUUUCAGUUCCAGUUACACGGUAGGAUCUGGGUACGAGAUAAGUGGUUGACAACUCUCCGCAUAACACGAUAGAUAGAAAUCUUGCAAAUGAUCCCUGACACGUUACUUGAAAGUCCCCCAAAUAAUUUUUCCCUUAUUUUGUGAGAAAUUUGAGACCAUUUGUUAGCACCAGGCAACAUUGAAAUGAGGGAGAGGGGGGAAGAUAAAACGGAAAAAAAACUCGAGCAGUAUCAAAGCGUUCCGUUCCUUUUUCCAGUCAGUAUAGUUUGGAACUAUAUGAGAACUUUGCACACUUCUUAAAUUCGGGAUUUAUUUCUAUACAUUUCUUUGAAAGGGUUAUGAAACCUGUUAUCAGUAGGCAUUUCUUUCCACCCUUUUUUUCCACAUUUUAUUUUUUUCACUGAAGGGGAAGAAUCAAAGGUGAUACAGUUUGGGAUCGCACUGUGUUCAAGAGAAUAAAGGUCAGUCAAAUCACUCUUAGAGCUCUUUCAAUUAUUGUGGAGGGGCAAUGGUCGAACGGGUAGCAGGUAUAGAUAUAGCUCGAGAGCAGGCUAUAUCUAUAUAUUUUUUUUUUCUGCCGUCGAUGUGGAACUUUAAAGAGACUCGAACAGAAAAAUUUGUUGCACAGUUCGUCAGAUGAGAGAUCUGCCAUUGAACACUACUUUGAAAGAGGAUUCCGUUAUGAUACUAUUGUUCAGUUUUUAGAAAAGGAAGUGAUGAAGGGCCUUCGAUUUCACGUUUAAUUAUCUCCCGAACUUCGCGCUUUGAAAGGACUUCGUUUCUUCUUCUCAACUCAUACUCACGCAGCCUUCUCUUCUCUCUUCUCCUCCUCAGUUUCAUAGAAACACCAUGGUAUUUUUCUUAAAACUGAACAAUACAUCGACGGCAGAAUAGCUCAUUUCUCACUAAUUCUUUUCCACUUUUGUGACAUAACAUUUCAAUACACUUGGUACGGUUUAGUCCGUUGGCGUUGUGACUCCAAGUCGACCUAGUGCAACCUAGUGCGCCACAAUGUGCUGUAUCUUGACAAAGUGGUGACUACUGGCGCAAGUGUCAAGUGACAAAAUAUUUUUCUCGAUCUGCGAAAAUUUUCUGGAUUUUGGAAAGAUUCUUGGAUCGUAAACUAUUUUCGAUUUCUAUGAAAGUUAUUUGUGGAUCUAUGAAUUAAGCCAGGAUUUGAAAUUUUUUUUUCGAUCUGACAAACUUUUCAAAAGCGAUUUGUCUGAAAGAUAUCGAUUCUACAUGGUUUUUCGGAUUUGCAAAAUAAUUUUGGAUUGUCCCUUUUCGGCUUUCGAAGUUCAAAUGUUUAAUGUUGAUAAUCACUUCCAUAACUAUGAAUAUUCAUACGUUAGCUGUUGGUAGACGGUCACCUGGCAUUUGCUGGGUUGAAAAUUCUUCACGAUCUGAUUAGCAAGUGUUUGAUUGAGUUCCAACAGAUGGCCCUUGGUGGAAAUGUUCGGCUGAUUGUCACUGGAGCUGCUCCCCUGUCGGCUAAAGUAAUGAUGUUUCUAAGAUGCACUAUGGGAGUUUGUUGUGUAAGUCAUCAUCAUCAUCAUGCCCUUAAUUGUCGAACGUUCGGCGAUCCGUCCCCUCCCAGGUCCCAUCUCUUUUAUUUCCUUCUCAACUGUCCGUUGUGUAAGUCAACAACGAUUAAUUGUCGACUUCGGCGCCGUCCUGUCUCGUCUCGUCUCGAAGCGGGAUUGCGAGAGACGAAAGGGACAAAUUAUUCUCUUGUUACAGCGUACAGUUUGUAUUUACAUCAUUGCGCAAUUUAAACUUCUUCAUUCUGUGUCAGUUAGGUCCUUUUUCUCGCCAGUCAGCAAUUGCAUGAAUGAAGUGCUCAUGAAGUUGUUUUUUUAUCUUCUAUUUCAAGGUCGUAGAAGGCUAUGGACAAACUGAAAGUACUGCAGCAGCAACUAUUACUUGGCCGAGGGACACGUCUGUUGGUAAGGCGAAGAGAACGUUCAAAUGUUUAUCAAACUUAUAACUAGUCAAAAGUAAUUUUCUGAAGACGAGGGAAGUAUUGUCGAAUCAUUCCGAAGACGAAUUCAAUUUUCAUAGUUUACAUUUAGUUAUUCUCAAACUCUGUGAACCUUUAUCCUGAAAACGAAUUUCACAAACUAAAAGAAUUUAGUUCAUUGUCUAUUAUUGCGUCCGCAAAUCAGCAUCGAUCAGUGGGGCGUGAGGCGCAAUCGAGGAUCUGGUCAGGUUCCUCUCCAGAUCAACACCAGAACCCAAGUUAUCCUUUUUUGUCACAUGAUUACCAUGUCUGUAGGUCACGUGGGAGCACCUCUUCCCUGUAAUCUCAUCAAGUUGGUAGACGUCCCAGAAAAGGAGUGUUACGCAAAAGACGGUAAAGGAGAGGUAUAAUAAUCUUUCUAUUCUUUUAAUUUUUAGAUUAACAUUAUAAUUAUUUUAUUAUGAUGAGCCAUAUUUUUGAAACGGUUUUGAGAGUACAUCAUGAUCCGCCCUAAAUUUCAAAUAAUUCUUUUCGUUUCUGUUCAUUCCUUUAUUUUGGUCUUUGCUUUGUCUUUUGCUCGUUUUUGAUCCCCUUACACAUACCUUACGUUUACUGCUGAAUCGAAAGGAACAAAAAAAGCCCUCAAAGGAGAAUACUGAUAUCAACUCGAACGACUAAGAUACAAACAAAGGUCUGUUGCGUAUAAUUGUGACCUUCUUAACUAAAUCCUCGCAAUUAUUGCCCAAUGUAAGUGUAAUACUUUAAACAGAAAAGUCUAUUGUUUAUACUCGUGACCUCUGUUUACCAAUAACAGUUCUUGUAAGUGUGAUAUUCUUUCUCCAAUUUUUAACAUGGAAAACAUACUUUAUAAGCUUAUGAAACGACCGAGCUGGGUAUGAAACGACUCAACUGACUGGGUACGGAGCUAUCUAAUUGGGUACGAAACGACCGUGGGUGCAAAUUCGAAACGACUGGUAACCAUAUAAGCCACGGUGCACAUCGAAAAAAUUAUAUUAACUCUGCUGUCUUCGACAUUUUUAGAUCUGUAUAAAGGGACCGACGGUCUUCCAAGGCUACUUGAAAGCUCCGGAGAAAACUGCCGAGACAAUUGACAAGGAUCAGUGGCUCCACACCGGAGAUAUCGGAGAAUGGCUUCCGGUAAGAGUGCGGUUGCAAAAUUUAUAGAAGAGGCCUCGAGCAAACUCAUUGGUUCUACAGUGAGGGAAAUAUCAACAAAUCAUGUUCCAAAAUGCUCUCAAUAAAUCUUCGUCAAUGCUUGUUACUUCCUGAAAAAGGAAAAAUUUAAAUUUUACCUUUUUCUAUUACAGAAUGGAACCUUGAAGAUAUUUGAUCGUGUCAAGCAUAUCUUUAAGCUUGCCCAGGUAAACGUGAUUCUGUGAUUGUGGAACGAAAUUAUCGUUCGAUUUCCGUGAAGGUGUUAAGAGCCCAGCAGCUCGUCUGUGAAAAGAUAACUACAAUACUUUUCCAUUUUUCUUGCCUUCAACUUUCUUCCAGUUUCCACUAAACCUUACUUUCCCAAAGAUUCUUUUCCCGGCUUUUCUCAUGCAAAUAGAGUGAUUAGAUUUCAUUGCGAACUUCAAAUUGUAUUUUAGUAUGCUUCAAAACUCAGAAUUACACAUUACUAUUCCAAAAAUGAAGGAAAAUAAAGUUUGAAUCUACAUUAACGUAACCUAACUAAGCAGUAAUUAGUGUUGUGUUUUAUUUUUUCAGGGUGAAUACGUUGCUCCGGAGAAAAUCGAAAAUAUUUACCUGCGCAGUACUUUAGUAGCCCAAGUGUUUGUACACGGAGAUAGCUUACGGGUCAGUAAACGCAGGAGAUAAUUAUAAGUCACUAUUUCUUUUAUUGUGAUAGGUAAGGAGGCAUGAUAAUUGAAAACGAGUUUAGAAUCAGAUGGCAUGGGUGUGUAAAGGAAUCGUAUCCGAAGGGUGAUUUCUUAAUCCACAGUGAGGAGUAAAUCUACCAGCGCUCUUUCACAUAUGCUGCAAUCUAAUUGGCUGUGCUACUCGCUUUCUAUUUAACGGUUGAAUUAUGAGCUCGACAUUUCUAUCACGUGAUAGAUUGACAAGGGCGCAAGCUUCCUUUACAUCCAAACAAAAGGCUUAAGCUAUCUAAAUGCUAAAUUGUAUGUAUUGUUUUCAGUCAUUUGUAGUGGCAAUCAUCGUUCCAGAUCAGGAGGUGUUGGAACCUUGGGCACGAUCUAAAAACAUCCAUGGAGACUUUGCAGAGUUGUGUGAGAACGAAGUAGGAAAGCUAUGAAAUCUAACUUCAACUUUGUUAAAAUCUAGUCAGUGCAUCUGUUUUUGUCUGUCACAAUCUCUGUACGUGUGUGUCUUCAUUUGUUCAGCUACCUAACCGUGUCUCCUCUCCUUCGCCUGUAUACUUUCUCUGACUCCUACCAGAUUGUCGUUCAGAUGAGGGGUUUGGCUCGAGACCUGAGUGGCUUAAUGCGUUUUGCUUUGGGAAAGACGCAUUACCAUGACAUUGCCCCUCUCUAUGUAGGAGAUCAAACGUCUGUCUUUAUAUACUAAAUCAUCUCAUUUAAGGAUAGGAAGAAACAAUGUUCUCUUGCCUUCGAACGAGUUUCCUCUCUUUUUACUCUUAUCUUCCAUUUUCAGGAGGUAAAAAAAGCAGUUAUGGAUGACAUGACUAAAAAAGGCAAGGAGGGCAAGUUGAGCUCCUUUGAACAGGUAAAUAGCUUGGUAGAUUAUUGUCGAGUAGACACUUAAUUUGCCUUAUUGUUUUUGGAAAUCACUGGAAGUGAGAUUCGUUGCUUUCAGACGGUCAAAAAACGUUAAAGAUCUUAGUUUGGAGUAACUGAAAAUUGUUUUGCGCUAUCUGUUGAACUGUUAACGAAAAUGAGUUUCUUAUUUUGCUAAGCUAACUCAGUUGUCUUACCCGCAGGUUAAGGAAAUCCACUUACACAACGAAUUGUUUUCCGUCGAAAAUGGAUUUCUGACGCCAACUUUCAAGACUAAACGAGCGCUGGUUGCCAAAGCUUUCGAGCAAAAGUUCCAAGAGCUGUAUGAAAAAGUCGACAAGAGGAUGCAGUUUAUGCGUUCAACAAGUUUUGAAAUUCAGCAAGUUGUUUAGUUAAAGAAGUGAGAGUACGCAAAGCUUCUUCAAGUCAUUCUGUCGAUUUAGCGCUCUGUUUUGAGCCUUACCAAUGUUAUGCGCUCCUAAAACACCGUGAAUAAUUGGCUUGAAUGAUUAUUUGUAACUCGUGUGAAACAACAUGGUUCUAACAGCCUGAAAAAACGCCCCACAGUCACUAAAACGUUUGCAUAUGCGCAGACGCUUGAUUACUAUGUUCCUCGUAUGUAAACUAUUGAGACGAUGACUGCAGUUAGGAAACAGUUUAUUUUAAAUCAUAUCCCAACUGCCUUUUUUUUAUCCUUUUAUUACUCAUAGUGUCUAAUCACAGAAACAUAUCUUUAACUAUCAACUAUUAAUUGAUAAAUAAUAGUAAUUGAACUGAGUGAAGUACAAUUUGGGCGGAAAUCACGUAUGAUUUCAGACCAAAAUUGCACGACACGAGGUUUAAUAACCACUGUAUUACAUCCAUUUUGAAAUCGCCCAAAUACAGGACUUGGUCAGUUCAAAUAUUUUAUUGAUACAGUACUGAGCCGGUUUGAAAUUAAAUUCAUCCAUUUAUGGGGGGAAAAAAAUAAGAGUUUUGGAAACAAAAGUUGCAAAAUUUGCCACAUGAUACUCUUUGCCUUUCAUUUUCCUGCAAUUUGAUUGGUUCCUUUAAACCUUGAAAUCUGAUCGGUAGUUUUGUUUUUAGUGUAGCCUCCUCAUUGGCUGGGAAAAAGAUGCGAUUUAAAGCAAAAAUAGGUGCGAUUUUUGAAUAAAUCGCACCAAUCAGAGCCAAUCAGAUAACAGGGACCACCAGUGGUUUCAAAAUGGGUGUAAAAAAGGCGUUAUAAAUCUGGCCCGUAGCGAAUUUUAAAAAGCCUACGUUUGAUGCAAAGCACUUCGCUCAAAACAUCAUGCAGCUUUUCAGCAAUUAUGUCAGCGGUUUACCUACUGUCGUGAACUUGUAAAUUAUAAGAAAGAAGUCUUAAGUCCGUAAACGCAGCACAACAAUUUCUAUAGAAACGUUUAACCUGUGUAUCAACUGUACUUGUCGGCAUUCAAUAUAAUAAACAGCCAUAAAAACACAAAAUUCCAUACCUUACUGUAACAGAAGUUUGAGUAACUUUUUCCAUAAGCGGCUUUAUGAUGUAAUAGGAGUUUGUGUCGUAGGGCGAAACCUAACCACGAGAGCCUGCAAGCAGGCAUGCUUAACAGACAGCGGUAAGAGGUCUUAAAGGCGUAAGUACGUCAUGUAUAGGGAAUUAUUAUCUAUUCAAUAAAUAUUAUGUCCUAUACUUUACAUACAUACAGUAAUUUCCAUAAAAAUUCCCCAUACAUGACGUACAUACGCUUAAAGGUAGCGGUAGACUGCUAGUAAGAGGCUUUUAUUGAAACUGUAUUAAUUUUCUAUUAUUUUGAUUUUGCACAUGUCGUGUUCGUCAUCUCUCACACACGCACAACUUCAAUACCGCCAAUAAAGUAUCGCAAAAGCCCAAGUAGCAAGAAUUUAAUUGAGUGCAAAGGAUGGUAUAGAAAAAUUAUUUGCGUUAG